GUCCGGCGGGCAGCUUGCGGCUGCGCCGGCCGGCUUGGCGCUGGGCGACCUCCCUGUAAGCAGGGCCGGGUCCUUUGCUUUGCUUGGCGUUGGCCUUUUGCCAUCGCGCUCCUGUGGCUGCCCGGAGAGAGGGGCAACCGCCCUGUAAGGAGGGCGAGAGUGCCCGCCUCCGCGCCCGAGGGGGGAAACGGAGCUCUCCCGACCCCCGGCCCGCCCGCCCUGUAAGCAGGGCAGGGCUUUUUCCCUUGGCACCUUUGGUGCCUUCUGGCGGCCCCUGGCCAGAGUGACCCCCCCGUAGUCGGGGCGUGUCACAGCCUGUGUCCCUUUGCCCCUCAGCACGCUGAGGCCCUUUUGGCCCGUGCGCAGCCCGGGGCCACUAACGGGCUUCGCUCCGUCCUCGGGAACAAGGGGCAAGCCCGAGGCUCUCCUCUCCUGCUCGGCGGCAGGGCCGGCUCCCCACGGCUCGGCGCACAGAGCUUGCUCCCUCUUCUGGGACGUUCCCCCUUUGUGUCCUUGUCCCGUCGGUGUGAGUGAGCGAGCGAGCGAGCUGGUCCCUCCUGUAGCCCCCGUAGAGAUGUAGGCAGCGUAGCUUAGACUUCCCAGGAGGGAAAGAGGGGCUCUGUGCACCAACCCGUGGGGAGCCAGCCCCGGCGCCGAGCAGGAGAGGAGAGCCUCGGGCUCGCCCCCUGUUCCCGAGGAGGGAGCGAAGCCCGCUGGUGGCGUCGCGGGCACCGGGGGCCGCCCGUCCUGCUGGCCAUGUGCCAGCGUGGGCCUCCCCCCGUCCUCGGGGUGGGGCCCUGUCCCUGCCGGCCUUAGGCCGCGAGGCCGUUGUUGGGAGUGCCGGGCCUCGGGGGGGCGGCCCCCUAAGUGGGGCUUUGUGCGUCCCCCCUGCUCGGCGGGCGGUUGGAGGGACCCCCUGUAAUCAGGCGGGUGUCCCGCGGGGUCCCCCGGCCUCUCACGGGCGUGGGGCUGGGCGUGUGCCCUCCCUGCCCUCGGGGCCCAGCUCAGGGCCUUAGGCCACGAGCCCCGGUGCCUGGCCCUUGAGCCAGGUACUUGAUGCCGCGGGGGAAGGCCGAGCUCCGUGGCUCCCUGGGCGUGGACCCGCCUGUAAGCAGGGUCCGGGUCUGGGAGCCUUUGCGCUCCCUCAGCUGGCAGCCUGUGCGGGGCGACCGCCCCGUUAGCGGGGAGCGGGUCAGGUGGCCCCCGAAGCGGAGAGAAGGAGCCUCCGCAGGCCUUUGGGCCCAGGGCCCCCCUGUAAGUCGGGGCCAGUGCCCUGGUGUCCCAGGCGCUUUGUGGUCCGGGCAGCGGCCGGAGGCCCCUGUAAGCAGGGCGGCAGCCUCUUUGGCCGCUGCUUCGCGUGCCCAGCUGCCUUUGCCCAGAGGGCCCGGCUCCCCGCAGCCCGGGUGGGACUGCGCCGUGCGUCGCCGUGAAGCCGUCGGAGAAGAGAGCGGAAGAGGCGUCGCGCGGGACGGCAGCGCCGGCGCGGGAAGACGCCGCGGAGCCCUCCCAGAAGAAAGCAGAGCCGUGGAGCGGGACGGCGAGGCAAGAGCGAGGAAGAAGAGCGUCGGCUUCGCGCUGAAGAGGGGGCGGGAGAGAGGCCCUCUGGGCAAAGGCCCCUCCCUGGCAUCCCCGGGGCAGGGAUCCCUCAGAGUCCGGCGGGCAGCUUGCGGCUGCGCCGGCCGGCUUGGCGCUGGGCGACCUCCCUGUAAGCAGGGCCGGGUCCUUUGCUUUGCUUGGCGUUGGCCUUUUGCCAUCGCGCUCCUGUGGCUGCCCGGAGAGAGGGGCAACCGCCCUGUAAGGAGGGCGAGAGUGCCCGCCUCCGCGCCCGAGGGGGGAAACGGAGCUCUCCCGACCCCCGGCCCGCCCGCCCUGUAAGCAGGGCAGGGCUUUUUCCCUUGGCACCUUUGGUGCCUUCUGGCGGCCCCUGGCCAGAGUGACCCCCCGUAGUCGGGGCGUGUCACAGCCUGUGUCCCUUUGCCCCUCAGCACGCUGAGGCCCUUUUGGCCCGUGCGCAGCCCGGGGCCACUAACGGGCUUCGCUCCGUCCUCGGGAACAAGGGGCAAGCCCGAGGCUCUCCUCUCCUGCUCGGCGGCAGGGCCGGCUCCCCACGGCUCGGCGCACAGAGCUUGCUCCCUCUUCUGGGACGUUCCCCCUUUGUGUCCUUGUCCCGUCGGUGUGAGUGAGCGAGCGAGCGAGCUGGUCCCUCCUGUAGCCCCCGUAGAGAUGUAGGCAGCGUAGCUUAGACUUCCCAGGAGGGAAAGAGGGGCUCUGUGCACCAACCCGUGGGGAGCCAGCCCCGGCGCCGAGCAGGAGAGGAGAGCCUCGGGCUCGCCCCCUGUUCCCGAGGAGGGAGCGAAGCCCGCUGGUGGCGUCGCGGGCACCGGGGGCCGCCCGUCCUGCUGGCCAUGUGCCAGCGUGGGCCUCCCCCCGUCCUCGGGGUGGGGCCCUGUCCCUGCCGGCCUUAGGCCGCGAGGCCGUUGUUGGGAGUGCCGGGCCUCGGGGGGGCGGCCCCCUAAGUGGGGCUUUGUGCGUCCCCCCUGCUCGGCGGGCGGUUGGAGGGACCCCCUGUAAUCAGGCGGGUGUCCCGCGGGGUCCCCCGGCCUCUCACGGGCGUGGGGCUGGGCGUGUGCCCUCCCUGCCCUCGGGGCCCAGCUCAGGGCCUUAGGCCACGAGCCCCGGUGCCUGGCCCUUGAGCCAGGUACUUGAUGCCGCGGGGGAAGGCCGAGCUCCGUGGCUCCCUGGGCGUGGACCCGCCUGUAAGCAGGGUCCGGGUCUGGGAGCCUUUGCGCUCCCUCAGCUGGCAGCCUGUGCGGGGCGACCGCCCCGUUAGCGGGGAGCGGGUCAGGUGGCCCCCGAAGCGGAGAGAAGGAGCCUCCGCAGGCCUUUGGGCCCAGGGCCCCCCUGUAAGUCGGGGCCAGUGCCCUGGUGUCCCAGGCGCUUUGUGGUCCGGGCAGCGGCCGGAGGCCCCUGUAAGCAGGGCGGCAGCCUCUUUGGCCGCUGCUUCGCGUGCCCAGCUGCCUUUGCCCAGAGGGCCCGGCUCCCCGCAGCCCGGGUGGGACUGCGCCGUGCGUCGCCGUGAAGCCGUCGGAGAAGAGAGCGGAAGAGGCGUCGCGCGGGACGGCAGCGCCGGCGCGGGAAGACGCCGCGGAGCCCUCCCAGAAGAAAGCAGAGCCGUGGAGCGGGAUGGCGAGGCAAGAGCGAGGAAGAAGAGCGUCGGCUUCGCGCUGAAGAGGGGGCGGGAGAGAGGCCCUCUGGGCAAAGGCCCCUCCCUGGCAUCCCCGGGGCAGGGAUCCCUCAGAGUCCGGCGGGCAGCUUGCGGCUGCGCCGGCCGGCUUGGCGCUGGGCGACCUCCCUGUAAGCAGGGCCGGGUCCUUUGCUUUGCUUGGCGUUGGCCUUUUGCCAUCGCGCUCCUGUGGCUGCCCGGAGAGAGGGGCAACCGCCCUGUAAGGAGGGCGAGAGUGCCCGCCUCCGCGCCCGAGGGGGGAAACGGAGCUCUCCCGACCCCCGGCCCGCCCGCCCUGUAAGCAGGGCAGGGCUUUUUCCCUUGGCACCUUUGGUGCCUUCUGGCGGCCCCUGGCCAGAGUGACCCCCCGUAGUCGGGGCGUGUCACAGCCUGUGUCCCUUUGCCCCUCAGCACGCUGAGGCCCUUUUGGCCCGUGCGCAGCCCGGGGCCACUAACGGGCUUCGCUCCGUCCUCGGGAACAAGGGGCAAGCCCGAGGCUCUCCUCUCCUGCUCGGCGGCAGGGCCGGCUCCCCACGGCUCGGCGCACAGAGCUUGCUCCCUCUUCUGGGACGUUCCCCCUUUGUGUCCUUGUCCCGUCGGUGUGAGUGAGCGAGCGAGCGAGCUGGUCCCUCCUGUAGCCCCCGUAGAGAUGUAGGCAGCGUAGCUUAGACUUCCCAGGAGGGAAAGAGGGGCUCUGUGCACCAACCCGUGGGGAGCCAGCCCCGGCGCCGAGCAGGAGAGGAGAGCCUCGGGCUCGCCCCCUGUUCCCGAGGAGGGAGCGAAGCCCGCUGGUGGCGUCGCGGGCACCGGGGGCCGCCCGUCCUGCUGGCCAUGUGCCAGCGUGGGCCUCCCCCCGUCCUCGGGGUGGGGCCCUGUCCCUGCCGGCCUUAGGCCGCGAGGCCGUUGUUGGGAGUGCCGGGCCUCGGGGGGGCGGCCCCCUAAGUGGGGCUUUGUGCGUCCCCCCUGCUCGGCGGGCGGUUGGAGGGACCCCCUGUAAUCAGGCGGGUGUCCCGCGGGGUCCCCCGGCCUCUCACGGGCGUGGGGCUGGGCGUGUGCCCUCCCUGCCCUCGGGGCCCAGCUCAGGGCCUUAGGCCACGAGCCCCGGUGCCUGGCCCUUGAGCCAGGUACUUGAUGCCGCGGGGGAAGGCCGAGCUCCGUGGCUCCCUGGGCGUGGACCCGCCUGUAAGCAGGGUCCGGGUCUGGGAGCCUUUGCGCUCCCUCAGCUGGCAGCCUGUGCGGGGCGACCGCCCCGUUAGCGGGGAGCGGGUCAGGUGGCCCCCGAAGCGGAGAGAAGGAGCCUCCGCAGGCCUUUGGGCCCAGGGCCCCCCUGUAAGUCGGGGCCAGUGCCCUGGUGUCCCAGGCGCUUUGUGGUCCGGGCAGCGGCCGGAGGCCCCUGUAAGCAGGGCGGCAGCCUCUUUGGCCGCUGCUUCGCGUGCCCAGCUGCCUUUGCCCAGAGGGCCCGGCUCCCCGCAGCCCGGGUGGGACUGCGCCGUGCGUCGCCGUGAAGCCGUCGGAGAAGAGAGCGGAAGAGGCGUCGCGCGGGACGGCAGCGCCGGCGCGGGAAGACGCCGCGGAGCCCUCCCAGAAGAAAGCAGAGCCGUGGAGUGGGACGGCGAGGCAAGAGCGAGGAAGAAGAGCGUCGGCUUCGCGCUGAAGAGGGGGCGGGAGAGAGGCCCUCUGGGCAAAGGCCCCUCCCUGGCAUCCCCGGGGCAGGGAUCCCUCAGAGUCCGGCGGGCAGCUUGCGGCUGCGCCGGCCGGCUUGGCGCUGGGCGACCUCCCUGUAAGCAGGGCCGGGUCCUUUGCUUUGCUUGGCGUUGGCCUUUUGCCAUCGCGCUCCUGUGGCUGCCCGGAGAGAGGGGCAACCGCCCUGUAAGGAGGGCGAGAGUGCCCGCCUCCGCGCCCGAGGGGGGAAACGGAGCUCUCCCGACCCCCGGCCCGCCCGCCCUGUAAGCAGGGCAGGGCUUUUUCCCUUGGCACCUUUGGUGCCUUCUGGCGGCCCCUGGCCAGAGUGACCCCCCGUAGUCGGGGCGUGUCACAGCCUGUGUCCCUUUGCCCCUCAGCACGCUGAGGCCCUUUUGGCCCGUGCGCAGCCCGGGGCCACUAACGGGCUUCGCUCCGUCCUCGGGAACAAGGGGCAAGCCCGAGGCUCUCCUCUCCUGCUCGGCGGCAGGGCCGGCUCCCCACGGCUCGGCGCACAGAGCUUGCUCCCUCUUCUGGGACGUUCCCCCUUUGUGUCCUUGUCCCGUCGGUGUGAGUGAGCGAGCGAGCGAGCUGGUCCCUCCUGUAGCCCCCGUAGAGAUGUAGGCAGCGUAGCUUAGACUUCCCAGGAGGGAAAGAGGGGCUCUGUGCACCAACCCGUGGGGAGCCAGCCCCGGCGCCGAGCAGGAGAGGAGAGCCUCGGGCUCGCCCCCUGUUCCCGAGGAGGGAGCGAAGCCCGCUGGUGGCGUCGCGGGCACCGGGGGCCGCCCGUCCUGCUGGCCAUGUGCCAGCGUGGGCCUCCCCCCGUCCUCGGGGUGGGGCCCUGUCCCUGCCGGCCUUAGGCCGCGAGGCCGUUGUUGGGAGUGCCGGGCCUCGGGGGGGCGGCCCCCUAAGUGGGGCUUUGUGCGUCCCCCCUGCUCGGCGGGCGGUUGGAGGGACCCCCUGUAAUCAGGCGGGUGUCCCGCGGGGUCCCCCGGCCUCUCACGGGCGUGGGGCUGGGCGUGUGCCCUCCCUGCCCUCGGGGCCCAGCUCAGGGCCUUAGGCCACGAGCCCCGGUGCCUGGCCCUUGAGCCAGGUACUUGAUGCCGCGGGGGAAGGCCGAGCUCCGUGGCUCCCUGGGCGUGGACCCGCCUGUAAGCAGGGUCCGGGUCUGGGAGCCUUUGCGCUCCCUCAGCUGGCAGCCUGUGCGGGGCGACCGCCCCGUUAGCGGGGAGCGGGUCAGGUGGCCCCCGAAGCGGAGAGAAGGAGCCUCCGCAGGCCUUUGGGCCCAGGGCCCCCCUGUAAGUCGGGGCCAGUGCCCUGGUGUCCCAGGCGCUUUGUGGUCCGGGCAGCGGCCGGAGGCCCCUGUAAGCAGGGCGGCAGCCUCUUUGGCCGCUGCUUCGCGUGCCCAGCUGCCUUUGCCCAGAGGGCCCGGCUCCCCGCAGCCCGGGUGGGACUGCGCCGUGCGUCGCCGUGAAGCCGUCGGAGAAGAGAGCGGAAGAGGCGUCGCGCGGGACGGCAGCGCCGGCGCGGGAAGACGCCGCGGAGCCCUCCCAGAAGAAAGCAGAGCCGUGGAGCGGGACGGCGAGGCAAGAGCGAGGAAGAAGAGCGUCGGCUUCGCGCUGAAGAGGGGGCGGGAGAGAGGCCCUCUGGGCAAAGGCCCCUCCCUGGCAUCCCCGGGGCAGGGAUCCCUCAGAGUCCGGCGGGCAGCUUGCGGCUGCGCCGGCCGGCUUGGCGCUGGGCGACCUCCCUGUAAGCAGGGCCGGGUCCUUUGCUUUGCUUGGCGUUGGCCUUUUGCCAUCGCGCUCCUGUGGCUGCCCGGAGAGAGGGGCAACCGCCCUGUAAGGAGGGCGAGAGUGCCCGCCUCCGCGCCCGAGGGGGGAAACGGAGCUCUCCCGACCCCCGGCCCGCCCGCCCUGUAAGCAGGGCAGGGCUUUUUCCCUUGGCACCUUUGGUGCCUUCUGGCGGCCCCUGGCCAGAGUGACCCCCCGUAGUCGGGGCGUGUCACAGCCUGUGUCCCUUUGCCCCUCAGCACGCUGAGGCCCUUUUGGCCCGUGCGCAGCCCGGGGCCACUAACGGGCUUCGCUCCGUCCUCGGGAACAAGGGGCAAGCCCGAGGCUCUCCUCUCCUGCUCGGCGGCAGGGCCGGCUCCCCACGGCUCGGCGCACAGAGCUUGCUCCCUCUUCUGGGACGUUCCCCCUUUGUGUCCUUGUCCCGUCGGUGUGAGUGAGCGAGCGAGCGAGCUGGUCCCUCCUGUAGCCCCCGUAGAGAUGUAGGCAGCGUAGCUUAGACUUCCCAGGAGGGAAAGAGGGGCUCUGUGCACCAACCCGUGGGGAGCCAGCCCCGGCGCCGAGCAGGAGAGGAGAGCCUCGGGCUCGCCCCCUGUUCCCGAGGAGGGAGCGAAGCCCGCUGGUGGCGUCGCGGGCACCGGGGGCCGCCCGUCCUGCUGGCCAUGUGCCAGCGUGGGCCUCCCCCCGUCCUCGGGGUGGGGCCCUGUCCCUGCCGGCCUUAGGCCGCGAGGCCGUUGUUGGGAGUGCCGGGCCUCGGGGGGGCGGCCCCCUAAGUGGGGCUUUGUGCGUCCCCCCUGCUCGGCGGGCGGUUGGAGGGACCCCCUGUAAUCAGGCGGGUGUCCCGCGGGGUCCCCCGG